UUCGGCUAAAAUCGGCCGAAAUCGUAGCUCGAUUUAAAGGCAUUUACUAAUCGUGUAUGUUUGUGUGUAUGUCGUACGUGUUAAGCGUCAGUUGAAGAAAGCAAACUAAAUAAUAAUUUAUAAAAUGUUAAAAGUAAAUUAAAACAAAAAGAAAGGUAUAUUAUAAAUGUAUGUAUGUAUAUGAAAAUGAAAAAAACUAUAAAACUCCUAAUGCACACCAACCGAUUCCCAGCACAGCUGCGCGAAAGCACACACACACACUCAAGAAAACAAAGCUAACUUGCUACUAAGCAGCCAUUGAGUUUUGCAGUUGUAAAAAGUAUGAAAUUUUUUGUUGUUACCUUUAAAGCUUUAAGCAACUAUUAAGUAGCAUUUAUUUUUAUUAUAAUUUUUUUGUAAGGCAGAGAAUUUUGCAAGUAUACGUCGUUUAGCGCAGGUGAAAUUUUAUAAUAAUUUUUGGGCUUUAAAAUUUUUAUAAAGAGGAUUUUUUUUUAAAUUUUAUUUUCUAAACUAAAUUUAUGUUUCGAAUAUACAUAUAUUGCUUUUCUCUCAUUAUUCUUAGUAAAAUAGUAUUUUUCUUUUAAUUUAAUUAAAACAUAAUAAUGUAAACAGCAAUUAGAACCGGCUAAAAUGUAACAUCUUACAAUAUAUUUUUGCGUUCAAAAAUGUAUUUCGUUUACUUUAAAAUCCGCUUUAAAAGUGCUAACCUGUAAUUUUAUAUCAACACACACAAAUUUUUUAAAAUUUUUUUUCGCAAAUUUUCUUUAAAUUUUUUUUCGCAAAUUUAAAAAAAAAAUUUUUUUAACUAUUUUUUUUUCACAAAUAUUUUUCAAAAUUUUUCAAAUUUUUUUCAGAUUGAAUAUUGUUGAUAUUGAUUUCUUUCGACGACUUGAAUAUAUUUUUUUUUCUUCAUUUUUAUUCAUAUAUUCAUAUUAAAGAAACCGUAGAAGAAGUAGAUAAAAUUUUCCGGUAAUCACCCUGUAAUUUUAUUUCAACAAACAACGCUUUUUGUGUACAAAUCUUCGGCUUUUCUUUUCUAUCGUCGACAUGAAGCAUAAAAUAUUUUAAUUUCAAAAACUCUCAUUAUUUUCGAAGAUUAUAUCAAAUUGUUUAUACAAUUUUCGUAAAACUUCCUCCGUCUCUUUAUUAACUUCAUUUCUUUAAUAUUGUAAAAAUAAUUUAAAUGCAAUCAACAUAGUUUUUAAGUGCAACUAAGAACAAAACGCUUCAAUUGUAAUUAUAAAUAAGCUCAUAAGUAUGUUAAUUAAUUGAAAUUGUCAAAUUUUUGCGAAUUUGGCAUUGUAACUAAAAACUAAACAGACGUUUUCAAAACCAAAUAAGAUUACUUCAACACUUCACAAUCAAUAAAUUUUCAGUCUACCAAAAUUUCCAAACCCGUUAAAAUCUACUUACAUAAUUGCUAAACAAACAAAAAACAAAAACAAAAGCAAAGCAAAAGACCUUUCAACUUCAACAAAAUACAUAAGAAAAUAACUAAAAACGCUAUCGAAUACCUCCACUCGAAUCCUGUCGAACUAAAGUUGUUGUACAUUAGUGUAGCUACUGACCUAUGAGUAUGAGAAGGAAAUAAAUGUUCAAAUAAGUAUUGUAUGUGUAGUUGUGCGGCCACAACAACAAACGCAUGCUCUCUAACCAAUGUUGUUGUUAAUUGUAAUUUCACGGCGAGGCGCAUUAGUUGCAGGAAAAAAUUGCAUGCAUAAAAACAAGAAACAGCAAAUUGUGGUCCAACAAUAAUAAUAACAACAGCAACAUAAUUUACAAAAUCGCACCAACUAAAUCUUUCAAAAACAAAAAAAAAAAAAAUAUAUAUAUAAAAAAAUAGGCAAACUAAAAAAUUGUAGUGUUUUAAAGUGUAUAAAAGAUAUAAAUCAGCAUAUAGCGAAAAUAAAUGAAAACUUUUAUGAAAAGUGUUGAGUAUUAAGUAAUGGUUAAAAGCAAAAACGAAAGUAACGGUUUAUAUGCAAACCAAAAUAAUUCGCGAUAAUGAAACAAUCUGCAUGUAGGACAUUCGUAUACAUUUUCUAUGUGUUGUUGUAAUUUACAAAACGCUGCGCACCAAAAAAAAAAAAAUUAAACAAAAGCAAAAAGUAAACUAAUAAAUUAAAUUGCAACACUUUGAAUACGAAGAAACGCAAGUAAUUUGUAUUUAGUAACGGCGAAAGAGUAGCAUUAACGUUUGAAAAAUGAAAAAAAAUAAGCGCGUAAGCAUUUAGGCGUAGUUACGUGUGAUUUUGGCGAAAAAAAUAAAAAACACAAAGAAUUGUAUUAAAAUUAUAGUAUAUAUGUAGCAUAUAUAAAAAUACUAGCGCACACAAAAUUGUGUAAUUUAUCUACAUGCAUAUAUACAUAUGUAUAUAGAUGCAAUAAAAUUGAGUAUGCAUACAUUUAUAAAUAUUGUACUAAAAAGUAAUAGUAAUGAAGCAGAUAUAGGCAUUUAUUACAUUGUAAGUUUAAAAGAAAACGCAAUGCAAUUUUUUUUUGUGUUUUGGUUUUUUCUGAAAAAGCUGUUACAUAAGCAGCAAAAAUGCGAUACGAUAAUUUUGUAAUUAUAAAUAUUAUAUAUGGCUGAGUUUAUUUUUUUUAUCUUGUAUUGCAAAUUCACUGUAUGUAUGUAUAUUAAUAGCAGAGUAUUGGUUUUGUUAAUUUUUGCAUAAUAUUAUAUUUUUUUUUAAAUUAUGUUUUAUAUGUAUGUAUACACGCUGCCAUAGCUCUAUGUAAUUUGUAUAUUUGAAAUAUAUUGUAUGUAAAAUUGAAGAUUAAAUAAUGUUUAACUGAGAAAUAUAUACACUAAAAUAAUAGUAAAUAAUAAUUAUAAAUUUAGUAUUGUGUUGUUGCCACAAACGUCGUAUAGAAAGUGCAGAGCAAAUGCUGAAAUAGGAAAGGAAUCGUGAAAAAAACUUUAAAUGUAUAUGUAAAAUAGCAGUAAGUUUCGCGCGUAUAUUUAUAAAUAUUAAAUGAAUAAAUAAAUCUAUAUAUACACAUAUAUACGUAUAUAUAUAUAUAUAUAUGAAUGAAAAUAAAAAUCCAAGCAAAAACAAAAGAAAAGGAGUAUGUAUCAAUCAAGUUUAUGUCGCCGGAAAUGUGUGUAUUUGAAAAAUCACUAAUAUUUGCAUCCAGAUGAAAUUAGUAGGCGUGGCGUCGUAUAAAGGUUAAAAUCUGGUCGGUCCCAUUUUGUAUAUUAUAAAAAGUCUAUAAGAAAAUAUAUUGAGAAAACAGAAAUUAUUUAUCGAAGAAAUUCGCAACAAAAACACAAUACAAAGAUGAAAAUUACAUAAAAAAAUUAUAUAGCAAGAAAUGUUAAUGCAUUUUUUUCUAAAAAAAAAAAUAUGAAAAGUAAAAAUGUGUAUAUUUAAAUAUACUAAAAUCAUUUUAAUGUAAUAAGUGUUAUGUGUUUUAUUUACCAAUAAUGCGUCAGUAUAUAGCGACGUAAAUAGUUUGUUAUUGGCGUAAGCGCUAUCGAUAACUAUUGUGGAAUUACGUUGGUAUUGACGUUAAAACGUAGCGUAUAUAGCAACACUUAUAUCAAUUAAAUUAUAUUUUCUUUUCUACGUUAUUAAAAUAAACAAUGCACUAAUUAACCAGGUGUGUUGUUUAUCGAUAUGCGAUAACGCUUUAUUAGUACGUUGUAAAUAAAUAACGCGAUAUUAUAACAUUUGUAUUACUAACACCCUGUGUGUGUUUUUAAUGUCACAUCUCUUAUGUUAGUCACUUUGCUAAAAACUAAAAGCAAAAGUUAAUUUUCUACACACAAUUGUUGUAAACAUUACUUAUUUGCAUGAUGACGGAAUUUGAAUGGCCAUGGGAAUACACAUUUCCACCAUUUUUCACCUUACAACCCCAUGAAGAAACACGUAAUCAGCAAAUUAAAGUGUGGUCCGAUCUUUUCUUGCGCUACCUCAAACAUUUAAACAAAUUCCAAGUGAACAUUAAUGAAAAUACAUUUCCACUUUUCCACAAUGACGGGAUUAAACGACGUUUAACACCUGAAACUAUAACAGUGAUAUUGGAGCAACUGCAACGUACUGGACAUGCAGCGCCAUUGGAUAAACGACGUAUAGAAUGGCAAGUCUAUAGUUAUACACUGGAAGAGUAUGCAAAUAUGGUGUACGAUUGGAUACAACAGACGGGACAAUUGAAUACGAUUUGUACAUUGUAUGAGAUUGCGUCUGGUGAGAACUCAGAGGGAACAGAAUUUCAUGGUGUCGAUGAGGCCGUGCUACUAAAUGCGUUUCGCACACUGGAAAAUAAAGGAAAGUGUGAGGUGGUGCAGUUAGACGAUAGUUUUGGCAUCAAAUUUUUUUAAUAUUAGAUUUUAAUAUUGGUAGAAAAUAUAUAUAAAUAUGUGUAUAAUGUAAGUAUUACUCAUGGCUGUUAAUUGAGGUACAGACAUACAAAUUAGAAAAUAUACGUAAAAUAUGUUAAAAUAUUUAAAUUUUGACGCUAA